AUGACCGAAAAAUCACCACCACAAGAAUCAUUCACUUCUAAAGUUUCAGAAUAUGAAACGGAUAUCAAAGAAGAAGAAUCAGACUACACCAAUGUUCUUACUAAAUAUUCCCAAGAAGAAGUCAUGGGUAUGGGUAAAAUUUACGCUCAAGAACAUGGUUUAGAUGAAGAAUUGUUUGCUCAAGGUGCUGCGGUUGCACAAUUUCCCCAACGCUACCAAUCGUUUAAUUUCUUAGAUGACGAGCAGAAACAAGCACUUGAAAAAGAAUCAAAACAUCGUUGGAGACUUUCAAAAAAACUAUAUGAAGUUGUUGCUGCUGGUGCCGUAUCAGCUGCUGUUCAAGGUUGUGAUCAAGUCGUUAUUAAUGGUGCUACAUUAUUUUACCCUGAUGCAUUUGGAAUUACUCUGAUGAAAAAUGGUGAUUUGAUACAAGGGUUGGUUAAUGGUGCACCUUAUUUAUGUGCAUCUUGUAUUGCUUGCUGGAUGUCAGAUUGGUGUAACCAAAGAGUUGGUAGAAGAUGGGUUAUAUUUUGGACAUGUGUCAUUUCUGCUGUCACUUGUAUUUGGCAAGGUUUUGUUAAUAAUUGGUGGCAUUUAUUCAUUGCUAGAUUUAUGCUUGGAUUUGGUGUUGGAAUCAAAUCAGCAACAGUUCCACCUUAUGCAGCUGAAUGUGCACCUAAACAAAUCCGUGGAUCAUUAGUUAUGUUAUGGCAAUUCUUCACUGCUGUUGGUAUUAUGUUUGGUUAUGUGCUUUGUUUAGCAUUUUAUCGAGUUCCCGAUUUAUGGGUAACCACUGGUUUGAAUUGGAGAUUAAUGCUUGGAUCAGCUGCAUUACCAGCAUUUAUUGUUUUGGUUCAAGUUCCUUUUAUUCCAGAAUCACCUCGUUGGUUAAUGGGGAAAGGAAGACACAAGGAAGCGUUUGAAUCAUUGCAAAAAUUACGUUCAAGUAACAUUUCUGCUGCUAGAGAUUGUUUCUAUCAAUAUAUUUUACUUAAAACAGAAGGCUCAUACAAAAUUCCUACUUGGAAGAGAUUGAUUGAAAUGUUUACUGUUCGCCGAAACAGAAAUGGGGCAUUAGGUGCUUGGAUUGUAAUGUUUAUGCAACAAUUUUGUGGUAUAAAUGUCAUUGCUUAUUAUUCAUCUUCUAUUUUCAUCGCCGCUGAUUUUUCAGAAAUUGAUGCAUUGUUAGCUUCGUGGGGAUUUGGUAUGAUUAAUUUUACAUUUGCUAUUCCUGCUUUCUUCAGUAUUGACAGAUUCGGAAGAAGACCAUUGUUGUUAUUUGCUUUCCCCUGUAUGUGUGUAUUUUUGUUAAUUGCUGGUUUUGGAUUCUUGAUCGAUGAUAUGAAUGGUAGAUUGGCUAUGGUUACAACUGGGGUUUAUCUUUUCACUGCGGUUUAUUCCAGUUCUGAAGGUCCAGUUCCAUUCACUUACUCUGCUGAAGCUUUCCCAUUAUAUAUUCGUGACUUAGGUAUGAGUUUUGCCACGGCAACUUGUUGGUUUUUCAAUUUCAUGUUGGCAUUUACUUGGCCAAGAUUACAAAAUGCAUUUAAACCUACUGGUGCUUUUGGAUUUUAUGCUGCAUGGAAUUUAAUUGGAUUUUUCAUGGUGUUAUGGUUCUUGCCAGAAACCAAAGGAUUGACUUUAGAAGAAUUAGAUAGAGUGUUUGCUGUUUCUGCUUUCAAACGUGCCAGAUACCAUACAAGAGCUUUCUGGAAUGGAAUUGAAAGGAAAGUUUUCCGUCGUAACAUUGAACCAUUACCUCCUUUGUACAGUGAAAAGGAAGGUGAAGUUGAAGUUCUGGAAAAACCACAAGUUGAACAUCUUGAAUAG